CAGAACAGACUGUCAGACUGACACAGAACAUUACACCCAGACUGGCAUACGUGAGCGGCAGCAGCAAUAGCAUGACAAGCAACUGCUCGUUCGACGCGGUGAACCACCUGAUGAAAUAUCUGGAGCUGACCAUCUACAUUCCCAUCUUCAUCGUUGGUCUGUUUCUCAACGUUGCAGCGCUUUUAGUGUUCUGCGUCUUCUUGCGGAAAUGGACCGAGUCAACUAUCCACAUGACCAGCUUGGCUCUGAUGGACUUGCUCCUCCUCUUCCCCCUUCCCUUCAAAAUGCACGCCGCCACCCACCCCUGGCGCGCUGACCUUCAACCUCUCUGCUCGGUUUUGGAAAGCCUGUAUUUUGUUGGGAUUUACGGCAGCAUCUACACCAUCAUGUGUAUAGCUUUGGACCGUUGGGUGGCUAUCUGUCACCCUUACAAGGCCAAAGUAUUGCGUUCACCCAAAUUGGCUCUGGGGACCAGCGUGGGGGUCUGGGUGCUGGUGCUGGCAGCCCUCUCCCCCACCGUCUAUCGCUUCAGGGAGGCCGGGAAGACGUCUGAAUUCUACUGCUUCCACCACUUUUCAGAGAAAGGAUGGAGCCCUCUGGUUAUCAUCUGCCUGCAGGUGUUUGGGUUCCUGUUGCCUGCCCUGGUGGUGGUUUACUGCUCGGUUAAGACCAUCUGGGUGCUUCAGAAGUCGGGCGAGCACAGCCCCCAGAGCCGGGCCUGUGUGAAGAUCAUCUACAGCAGUCUAAGUGCCUUCCUGCUUCCCUUCACCCCCAGCCACCUCGGUAUCCUGCUGCAGUUCCUGGUACACCAAGGAAUAAUUCAAGACUGCGGCAACCAGACCAGGAUCAGCCUGUUUUUACAGACAGCCUUGUGUCUGUCCAACGUCACCUGCUGCCUGGACGCUCUGUGUUACUACUUCAUCGCUCAUGAGGUGAGGAGCCCCAAACACAGCUUCAGGAGAUCAAUGAUCAACCAAAGAAGAGCCACCGUAAGCACUUCAGAGUUCUGACAGCAAUUGAAUUGAAUUGUGAAUAUUAGUUGUCAAAGGACGGCUGGUGGUGAAUAGGAAACCUGACUUAAUGAGUGAUAGCCAAAAACAGGGGAGUGAAACUGAAAAAGAGCAUGUAUUUUUUUUAGUAGCUAAGUGUGUCAUGCACGAGUAACAGGUCAAAAUGCAAUCUCAAUUUGUGCUUGAGAGUAAGGGGGAAACGAUGGGGUGAUGAAUGAGUUGAUACAAUGACAGGAAGCACAAAGACGCCCGUAUAGCCUCAGAGAGCUCUGUGGGCUGCAAAAAUAUCACCUUUCUUCUCAAAUGAUUUAUUGUCGGGUUUGUCAUCCAUCCUGCGCACUUAGCAUACGUGCGCAGUUUCUAAGUCUUAGAAACUGACGUGUGGUCUGAUGGAAAUAUAAAGCUGUCAAACGGGGCACCAGCUGCUCACCGCACAGCUCUGCAGUCUAUGAAGUCAAAAGGCGCUCUCCUGCAGAUACACCAAUUUGGUUUAAUAGUCAAAACAGUCAGUAAAUGUGUUACUUCUUCAAACACAUAACUAAUUAUAAUAAUAAUCAUCAUAAGGCUUUAUUUAUCCCUCAUAUAUGAAAUGCGGAACAACCUAAAAGUCAACUUUAUAAUAAGGUCAAUAAUUAAAAAGGAAGGUAGUGAAUACAAAAAUUACUUACAUAUUGAUUGAAAUAUGAUUUCAAAUAUUCCCUUACUUGGUAAAUGAAUAAAUCAACACAGCAACCAGUAGAGAUCUGAAGAAAAAAAAUGAAAUUGAUUAUUAUCAAUCUUUCAAAUAUAUUUUGCAUUAUAUUUUUAUAAACUCAAACACAUUUUUGUUUACUAUUUUAAUAAUUGUUUUUUUAUUAGUUUGGUCCCCUGAACAUUGUGAAUUUGAAGAAAAAUGACUUUAAUCCUGACGCUUAUUGACAAUGAUGUGUUCUGCUUGAAUGAUUUUUAAAUGUAUCUGUACAGUGAUUAUACUUAACAUAUUUUCAAUAACUGAUCCGAAUGAGGAAGUAAAUUGAAAGGUCUCGUUGAACGUUUUGGGAAAUCAAACUGUCUGACAGGGUGAGUAAUCAACUUCCUUUGACUCGCAACAAAUGCUAUUACAAAUGACAAAAGUAAUUUUAUUUUGAGUUCUUUGUUGGAAUUCUUUUACGAUGUAGCUUUAAAUGUGCAAUAUAAUUGACAUUGUUAAAAGUCCUGUGUGUACUAAGACUUUCAAUAAGAUUGUUUGAUAUUAAUAUGUUUAGUAGAGGAUAUUUGGUUUUAUGUAAAUAUUGUCAAAGCUAAACCCAAAUGUAAAGUUGCACAUUCAUUACCUGCCGUACACGCUCUGCCUUAUUUCGCUCAUGUUGAACAGAGUACUCUUGUGGUAACAGUGGAAGGUGUUCAUAGGUUUCAGUAAGGGCUUAACUGUAUUUAGAAGCAGCUUUAAAUGUUAUUGGCUAUAACCAGUCGGCCAUGAUUGUAUUUACUUGCAUUACUUGUCUCAAUACCUUCAUUUUGCACAAGCGUACUGUGUUGAGUUUCAAUGUUAUUUGUUUGAGCUCAGUAAAAAUGAAUUUCAGUUUUCCUUUGGAGUUUUCUUUUGAAAGUGAAAUUGUUUGUUCAUAAAGCUCUUAACAUUUUUCAUCAGUUUUUUUUCUGUUUUCUGUGCAAAUGGUCUACAAACUAGAAUCGGCUAAAAAUAAAACAAAGAUGAUGUAAACAUUGUACAGUAAUACUUAUCAGAACAAAGGCCUACACAUUGAAAAAGUUGAUUUCUAGUAUACGACACAUGGACCACUAAUAAGAGUUCCAGAAA